GGAACAUGUCAUAUCUUUCACCGGAUUUAAAGGAAGUUAUGGAAAAGGCAAUUGAAACUACCAAAGACAAUAUUGGCCCGACCUUGAACGUAUGUUUUCCAUACACUUCUAGAGAUGAAUUAACAACUUCCGUCAAGAAAAUUGUGAAGAUGGUGGAGAAAGAUCAGUUGAAAAUUAAGUACGGGGACAUUGACGAGAACUUGAUAGAGCAAAACUUAUUUACGCAUGGGAGUCCACCAUUGGAGGUUCUAAUCCGCACAUCCGGUGAAAUUCGCUUGAGCGAUUUCUUGCUUUGGCAGUGCCAUCAAAAUUGUUACAUUUACUUUGUUAAAUGUUACUGGCCAGAAUUUUCGUUUUGGGAAAUUUUGCCGAUUAUCCUUGAUUAUCAAGUUAACUAUGAAUCAAUCAAGGAAAAACGAGAAAAGUCAUGGCUUCAUCUCUCUAAGUUAUAUAAUGACAUCGAUUAG